CUGAGCUUAACCACCCCGACUUUGUGAAAGAGCUACAAUUUGUGGAAUCCCCAGCCGCGGCAUCAAAAGAAGAUACGAUUAACAUUGACGCUACCGCUACUGGCCGUGAAACAUUCUACUCUUUCGCAGUAGGUUGUGUCAUACUUAAAUACUAUAAUUAAAUGAUAUACAAAUACAUAGUUCUUUUCUUAUAAUAUAGUUCUUUUCCAAAGGGGAAAAGUCACCAAGGACGCUCCCACGAAUGCAAAAGCGAUAGCUCUAAGAUUAACGGCGGCGGCGCAGUUCCAGAUGGGGACGAGGAAAUUCAGCCGGAUGACGGCUACGAUGAAGAGGAAGAACGGGAGAAGCGUGAGCUCAUAGCUCAGAAUCAAG